GCACAGAUUCCGUCUGACGGAGAAGCACGGAGAGGGAAACGGGCGAGAAACAUGAGCUGAAAUCGCCCUUGUGAAGGUUUCCAUCUUGAAGGACUAACAAAAAAAAAAGAAAAGAAGAAAAAGACAAAUCUCCCCGAGUUAAAAAAAAAAAAAGUAGGACGAGAAAAGGAUACAAAGAGUUUGCAGAGAGGAAGACGGAAGAAGAAGAAGAGGCGCGUCAGGGGAUCAAAAGGCGUCUGACAGCAAAGCUCAGGAACUUCUGUGGAUCUGGUUUCUUUUUACUUCUUCGACACGACUCUCAAGUUUUCGGUUCAGACGAUGUUUGUGAUUGAACUUUAAGUGAGAUUACCUCUUGAGGCGGACUUCCUCCUGGAUCGAGCUGUUUUUUUUUUUUUUGGUAAACAAGAGGGACCGGAGAGUUUUGGAACUACAAUGCAGGCCGGCGGUCGUCUCCAGCCCGGGGAAACACUCUGCAUGUAACCCCACCCACUCACCCACCCACCCAGAUACUGGAUCUAAAAGCUUCAAGUCACUGUGCAGGGUCUGAUCUGUCACUUUGUUCCUGUUGAUCACCUGUGAGUGUGGAUAUAUCCUGCUAGAGGAACUUUACUGUGGAGCUACUCUAUCAGGUGUUUACAGGUGUUUGUGUCACAGUGACUCUGUACAGUGUGUGCGGGAUUACAGUGUAGUCUGGCUGUUUUUAAAGGGGCUCCUUUUCACCCUGGCAGAGGCCAGCCACCUCCUGCUGUGGGCGGGUGAAGGGGAGCUGAGUCUGCGUGGAUCUCCGGCUGUUCAGGCUCUGUGACAUUGCCAGUGGAGGGCCCUGUGUGUGUGUGUGUGUGUGUUUGUGUGUUUGUGUGUGUGUCACUGGAUUAAUCUGAGUGAUAACAUCACUCCACACUGCCCUGCUCUGUCCACUGAAGAGUCCCCCCCCCCCCAGAAAGCACCAGUAAUUGGAGCUAUAUUUAGCAGAAGGGAUGGGGUAAAAGCAGGCAGCUGGAAACCCAACUCCCCUCCUCCACCUCCUUCUUCUUCUUCUUCCUCCCCCCCUCUGUCACUCUACCUCGCUCAGCCCACCUGGCAGCAUGCUGGGCGAGCCUGGUUAGCACAGACUGGACUUGCACCUGUGCGAAAUAACAUUUGGAUGAACUUGUUGUGCUCUCGGAAGCUUUGGAUCUGAGUAAACUGGGAAGUGCGUGCGUGCUGUACUGUGUUCUACUGGUUCAGGCUGCACUGGAAACAACAAGCCCCUGUCCUGGAUUAAGAUGUCUGAAGAGCUGCGAGCUGUGUUAAACUUGCUCUGGACUAAGUGAAACUAUUAAGAAGCAAGUAAGAGUGCCGCUAGUUAACGUAUUGUGUUAGUGAAGGUUUAAUUUUACUAGUUUUAAUAUCAGCCACCAGCGAUCUGGAGCGUCUCCAGCACAGAAAGAAUGCAUGAAACUGCCAACGUAAGAAAAAGCUAAAAAACCUGAUUAACCAAAUAUUCUAUAACCCCCCCCAGAGAACAGAAUAUAUAUGUAGAGAUCUAUAUCUAUAGUGUAACUCCACAGAAAGCAGAGAUUACAUCCUUUAUAUUUUUACUUCAGAGAGACGAGCUGCCUGUACACCAGUUGGUUGCCUUAGAAACCACAGUCACAAAAAAAAAAAAAAAAAAAACAAGCCAGAGAAGACGGUGCCUUUUGAUUGGUCGGUUUGGUUUCCCCACCAUUUCAAGAUUUCGUUGAUUGAGUUGGAUGUACUGAAGUGUAGGACUCUGGGGGAAAAAACGAAAACGCGGCGUCUGAUGACAGUCACCUGAACAACAACAACACACACACACACACACACACCUGUCACCGCACAGCUCUGACUUGACACCGUUUCCCUGCUGGACCCAAACCAUUGCCAAGCGUUUCCAUGGUGAUCACAUCAUCGUCAUCCGUGGAGGACAAGCCUGUGCCCGCGUGCAGGAUGGUCCAAACAGAACCCUGGAUCAGCACAGCCCUGCUGCGCAAGAACAAGAGUGUUAGCAGCUCAGGAUGUCCGCCCACCUCCUCCUCCUCCUCCUCCUCCUCCUCCUCCUCCACUGCCCAGGGCUUCUCCCUCGCUGAGCCAGCCAUGACCAGCCAGCACACACAUACACACCCCUCCUUCAGCUCCAUCCACUCCAUGGCCGAGCAGCAGCAGGUGCUGUCUGAUAUGACCAUACUCCAGCGGAGGAUCCCCCCCAGUUUCAGAGACCCUGCCAGCGCCCCCCUGAGGAAACUCUCUGUAGACCUCAUCAAAACUUACAAGCACAUCAAUGAGGUGUACUAUACUAAGAAGAAGCGGCGUGCCCAGCAGGUCCCUCCAGAGGACAGCAGCACCAAGAAGGAGAGGAAAGUCUACAACGAUGGCUACGACGACGACAACUACGACUACAUUGUCAAAAACGGAGAAAAGUGGCUGGACCGCUAUGAGAUCGACUCGCUGAUCGGGAAGGGCUCCUUCGGACAGGUGGUGAAGGCCUACGACCACCACGAGCAGGAGUGGGUUGCCAUUAAGAUCAUAAAGAACAAAAAGGCUUUUCUAAACCAGGCUCAGAUUGAACUUCGCCUGCUGGAGCUCAUGAACAAGCAUGACACUGAGAUGAAAUAUUACAUAGUCCACUUGAAGCGUCACUUUAUGUUUAGGAACCAUCUGUGUUUGGUGUUUGAGUUGUUGAGCUACAACCUGUACGAUCUGCUGAGGAACACCAACUUCAGAGGAGUCUCCCUCAACCUCACCAGGAAGUUUGCACAGCAGCUCUGCACAGCGUUAUUAUUCCUGGCCACACCUGAGCUGUCAAUCAUCCACUGCGACCUGAAACCAGAGAACAUCCUGCUGUGUAACCCCAAAAGAUCCGCCAUCAAGAUCGUAGACUUUGGAUCCUCCUGUCAGCUCGGGCAGAGGAUCUACCAGUACAUCCAGAGCAGGUUUUACCGCUCUCCGGAGGUGCUGCUGGGGAUGCCGUACGACCUGGCCAUCGACAUGUGGUCUCUGGGCUGCAUCCUGGUGGAGAUGCACACAGGAGAGCCUCUGUUCAGCGGCUCCAACGAGGUUGACCAGAUGAAUAAGAUUGUGGAGGUGUUGGGGGUCCCUCCCAGCCACAUGCUGGACGCCGCUCCUAAAGCCAGGAAGUAUUUUGACAAACUGUCAGACGGUCUGUGGACGGUCAAGAAGAACAAAGACAUCAAGAAGGAGUAUAAGCCCCCGGCCACACGGCGUCUUCAUGAGAUUUUGGGGGUGGAGACCGGAGGUCCAGGGGGUCGGAGAGCAGGGGAGCCAGGACACGCCCCCUGUGACUACCUGAAGUUUAAAGAUCUGAUCCUGCGCAUGCUGGACUACGACCCUAAAAGCCGCAUCACCCCGUUCUACGCCCUGCAGCACAACUUCUUCAAGAAGACGACAGACGAAGGAACGAACACCAGUUCAUCCACAUCCACCUCUCCUGCCAUGGACCACUCCCACUCCACCUCCACCACCAGCUCCGUGUCCAGCUCCGGUGGCUCCAGUGGUUCUUCCAAUGACAACCGUAACUACCGCUACAGUAACCGCUACUACAACUCUGCUGUUACACAUUCAGACUAUGAGAUGACCAGCCCUCAGGCUCCCUCCCAGCAGCAGAUGAGGAUGUGGCCGGGCAGUGAAGGUGGAGGUGGGGGUCAGGACCCAGCAUACACCCAGUUGCUGCUCCACAAGCCGGCCGCCUCCCAACAACACCAGCGCCACUUCCUGGACCCGCCCCACCACCCCCACCCCACCUACUCCCACCACGGGAACGGCGGGCGUGGCCUGCGGCAGAGCGGGCAGACGGGCAUCGGCGGAGGUGGGGGCCAGCAGGGAUCCUCGCCCCAGAUGAGUGACAGCAUGGAUGUGGGCGUGUCCCUCGGGCUGCACCACCUCGGGGCGGUGUCUUCCAUGGAGGCGUCUCAGUUCGGCUCGGCCUCGCUGCCCCUCGCUCUGCCGAUCGGACUGUCCGCCUUCCGGACUCGGACGGCCCCGACCGCCCCGGGGCCACAAGCCCCGCCCCCCGAGGACUACUACCCCGCCUCCAACAACAAUAACCCCGCCGCGGGGGGCCGAGGGAGGCCGGACUCAGACGAGGGGCCGGCCAACUCUUGAUAAAACCUGAACCAUGCCCUAAAGCCAUACGAUUUUAACUACAACUACUACAAGUCCACACACGGCCGAGUCAGAGACUCGAGGAGACUGAGUGCUGCAGGAGACAGUUUGUACUGCAUGAGAGGAGGAGGAGGAGGAGGAGGAGGAGGAGGAGGGGGAGGAGCAGAGGAGGAUGCUGGGAAAACUCUCCUUUUAUCCGGUUUUAGUUUGUUGUCUUCUGUUGCGGCUGGAGAGGAAUGAUUGUGACGAGUUUGUUUUUAUUAAUAUUAUUAUUAUUGUUGUUUAAUAUUCUGAUUUCUCUCCGCUGUGAGGAGCUGUGUGUUUAUUGGUUGUUGUUUGAAGCCUGGAGAGGAGGAGGAGGAGGAGGAAGAGGAGGAGGAGGGAGGAGCCGUGUUCAUGUUCACACUGGGUCAUAUUUACAGCAGUCUUAACACACACACACACACACACACACACACACACACACACACACACACCAAACACACACACACACAUGGAGGAGACAGCCGCCGUGUGAUUCAGGACUUCUUCUUCUUCUUCUUCGUGUCCUCCCUCUGUCGGGGCGGAUCAGAGAGGGGGGGGGUGGAGGGAGGUGGAGGGGGAAGGAGGUGACAGGACACUGAAGCCCGCCGUGCGCUCACACAGAUCUCCUCCUCCUCGUCCUCCCCGCUCCCCCGCCCCCCCGCCCGCCCGCCCGCCCUCUCCUCCUCCUCCUCCCCCUCCUCCUCCUCCUGCUGCGUUUCUCCUCCAGACAGCUCCUCCUCUCUGUGCUGCUAAUCACCAUGACAACUGGUCCGGAUUGCUGCUAAAGAUCCAACACAGAUCAAUAAAGAAAUAAAAGAAAUAGAAACAGAAAUAAAAAACUUUUUAACCCUUCUGCUUAAGAGAAAAGGAUAAAGUAAGAACCACUGCAUCUCAAUGUAUUUAUUACUAUUUAACAUGAAAAAACAAACUGAAAGUAA